AUGCCGAGUGAUACUGGCACAAGAAACUUCAAGAAUGGAUUGGAAAUAGGAAGCAAAAUUCUGGACGAGUUGGCAAUUUGGGCACCUCAUGGAAUGAACGAGCUAAUGAGGACGGUCGAACAGUUUUGUUCAUACGAAGAGUUCCUUGCCAAGCGAGAACUCCAAGGGGGACAAACUCCCACCAUACCCCAAAGCCUUCAUAUCCCCACUCCUCAAAUCCCAGCUCCUAAGCCUGUGGUUGCAUCUCAGCCGAAGAAGCAAGUCAAUACACUCAAGGUGGCAAAUAAGAAGACUCCAAAGGCUCACGACUAUAUAACCGAGACAACAGUAUUCAAGGAACUAAUCUAUUUUCUCCUUCGCACCUUGGAGCAAAAGCCUUUCUUUGUUUGGCCGAACCCACCGAAACUUAACACCGAAGUCGGCAAUGAUAACAGUCGGAAGAGAUGCUCGUACGAUAAUGAGCUUGGGCAUUAUACCACGGCUUGCGCUCUGUACAAAGCCCUAUUGGAGAACCUGGUUGCCCAGGGGCUCCUUAAUGACCAUAUCGACUGGACCAAAAUGCCGAGGAAACAACCAAACGCUUGUGGGCAAAACCCUAUUCCUCGACCAGUUGGAGUCAUCAACGUUAUCCAUGGACUAGUAACGAAGGAAGCAACACAGCAGCUUCGUACAGAACUUGACAAGGCUCAGAAAUUUACCCAAAUUUUUUCUGUUGGCAGUGCUUCUAAACGGCUGAAGACGCUCGAGCGCCCCUGGUCAAUCACGUUCACUGAUCGAGAUCUCCAAUGCAUUCAAACACCCCAUAACGACGCUCUGGUGGUCACAGUACAAAUUUUGACACACUCAGUCAAAAGGGUGCUUGUAGACCAAGGAAGCUCGGCAGAAGUGAUGUACUUAUCCCUCUUCAAGGAGCUUAAAAUCUCAGAGCAUCCCUUCUCCCAGUCGAGGUUCCCUUAA